AUGGAAGGAGAGGCAACAAGUCCUUCAGCAGACAGUAUUCGAGAAGAGGGCCUGAAGGCCUUUAGGGCAGGGGACUGGCGGGGAGCCACGGACGCCUGGAGCCGUGGUCUCCGAACUUUAGAAUACAUUUUAGGGAAGGAGGAAGAAUUCGACGAGGCAAAAAAGCAGGAGUUCAUCGCUAUGCACCAGUCCUAUUUGCUGAAUUUGUCCCUUUCCACCCUUAAGGAAGGCCGCUGGGCGGCCUGCAUCCAUUACUGUGACAAGGUCCUACAGCGCGACCCCACAGUGCUCAAGGCUCUAUACAGAAAAUCCCAGGCCCAGCAAGAGCUGGGGGACUUCGAUGGUGCCCUGACCACCCUAGAUGAGUACCUCAAGGUGGCUCCAGGCAGCCCCCUUGCGUUGUCUCUGCAGUCUCAACUGCGGCAUAUGAAAGUAGAUCAUGCGGCUAAGGAGAAGAAAUUGCUGCAAAGCAUGUUUCGCAAACUGGAGCACGACCCACGGUCCGAGGCAGCUAUGGCUGCUCCUACUGCGGAUGGAUCCAGUACCGGCGGGAGCUUAAUACGGUCUUUAGGAGACAAGGUCAAGGGUUGGUUUGGAAGCCCUAAAGAGGAGCAAAAGCAGGAGUGGCAAGAGCAGCUUCCUGCCGUGAACGGUGCCUUUGGCGCUGCUGCAGCCGCAGGAGCCGCAUCAGGAGGCAACUCUUGCUCUACGGGGGAGUCCCUUCCUCCAGAAGACCUAUUGAAGGCCUUGUCUGCCUUGUCAGGGAACGACGAGGGACUAUCGCCUGCGGCUUCUGGGAACACAGCAGAGCUUGAGCACCUGGCUAGACUGAUGGCGAUACAUCGGAGGCUGAGCUCGGGAGAAGCUACCCUUGGAGAGAAGCUGUUGUUCGGUCUGCGGCUCGCGUGGUUUGGGGUCAAGCAUUUCUGCUUUAGAGCUUGCGGGCAGCUGUGCAGGAGAAGGCAGAAAGCGCAGUUUGGUAAAUCUGCAGGCAUUUUUACGGACGACGGGAAUGUCACUGAAGUGGUGGGGUCUGAAAGAGAUGCUACUGCCGAGCACAGAGACAACGGAAGGUCUUUUGUGAGCAGGGCGCAACGCAGGCAGCAGUGCCGCACCGCCGCAGCGGCUGCUGCGAGAAGGCGUAUGGACCAGCAGAAGUCGACUACCUGA